AUUCUUCCUCUCCAGUAUGCCUUCUUCUUUAUUGUUUGUUAUUCUCUGAAAUUGAUUUCUUCUUUCUUGUUUAGCAUUCUUUCUAUCACUCUUGCUUUCUUGUUCCACCUCCCAAAAGGUUUUGCAUCAUCAACGUUGAAAGAAAGCACCUUUGUGGAGAUCUGGACAAUAUUUUUUUCCAGGCAGAUCAAGAACUUCAAUAUACACUUUUUUGAUAUGAUGAAUACUUCAGCUGAGCAAUCCUCCUUCUUCAAAGUCUUCCUUCCACAGUUUAGCUCUGAAAAAUUGCUACUCCCAAAAGAGCAUGUGGCAUUGACAAGGAUGAAAGAAAGGGUACCUGAGGAAUUCAUGCUGAGAAAUGGAAGAGGAGGAGCAUGGAGGGUGAAGACAAGUUGCAUUGGUGAGAAGGUGUAUUUUGAUGAUGGAUGGAAGGAGUUUGUAAGGGAUAAUGGUAUACAAGAAGCUUGUGUUAUUAUUGUUUUCAAUCCAGAUGGAAGCAGCACAUUCGAGUUCAAGAUCUUUGAAUCAUCAAUGUGUGAAAAGACACAAACCUUGGAGGAGGCGGCGGCAGUGGAGAUGGAGGAGUCAUCAGAAGAAGAAGAAGAAGAAAAUGAUGAUGAUGAAGAUUAUGAGGAUGAGGACGAGGAUGAGGAUGAGAUGGAUCAUCAUAGAGCUGGGAAAGCUCCUGCAAAAAGGAAAAGGGGAAAUUACAAUGAUAUUAAGGAGUAUGGAGAAAUUAUUGCAACUUUUAUUGAUCAACACAAUCCAUACUUUGUUUUCAAAAGGAACAAAUCCAGACCCAAUGAACUGCAUGUUCCAUGUAAGCUCAUUAAGGAGUACUCCAUUACCAUCCCAGAAACUAUUAAAUUAUGUUGCAAGUAUAUCAAAGUGAACUCGCCGGAGAAAAUUGUUGUUAAGAAACAAGCUUAG